AUGUCUGCGCCAUAUAGAAUUAACAUGGAUAACGUUGCGGCUCGAGAUCUCCUUAAGAAAGGGGCCACCAUUCUCCUCCUGGACGUGCCUCCGGGAACAGCGGUGGGCAUCGACCACCAGGUUGUCAUCAAGCGCUGGGAUCCGCAGCAGGAGUAUCUUGUGGCUGUGGACGAGGAGUCUGAGGUCAUGCAAUUCACCCAGGCGGUGCACAUGUUUGAGUUUGAUCGCCACCUGGCGCCCUACGACCUCGCCAACCUGGCGACCUGGCGCUCGCUCUCCGCCCACGUGACCCCCGCCGUCAUCGACCGCCUCCAACCCGUGGGAGGGAACAUCUGCGUGCUGGCGGAGGCGCCGCCGGGAGACGGGGUUUAUGAUGCGGCUGCGCGCACACGGCACAACCUGGACCGGUCCGAGGGGCUGGACUCGCUGAUUCGGGAAGAGUACGCAGGGGACGGCGACCUCCUGCUGGGCGAGCUGCAGUUUGCUUUCCUUGCCUUCCUGGUGGGCCAGAGCUUUGCGGGGCUCAUGCAGUGGCGGGCGCUCCUCCAGCUCCUGCUCGGCUGCUUCUCUGCCGCCCUGGGGCAGCACCAGCAGCUCUUUGCCCAGGCUCUCGAUGUGCUGGCAGCACAGCUGGCUGCCUCAAGCCAGAAGCAGUGGACACGGGGCGUGCAGGAGGAGAGCGAUGGAGCGGGGUUGACCCCCGCCCUGGCUGAGUCUGUAGCACGGGUGAAUGAGGCUCUGCACGAGCUCGUGGGCUGGGAGGAUUCAUCACAGGUCCAGGAGCUGGGACUGGGGGACGAUGAGGAUAGCCCGGCAGUUGUGGACCUGGAUGCACCUAUGUUUUGA